AUGGGAAGGAUAGGGGACACUCCGAUGAUCAUCAUUGGCCUUCUCGGUUUUAUGGGUGUCGCAGCUGCGGCGAUUGGCGCGCACUGGCUACAUCCGAACCUUCCUGAGAAAGACAGACGGGCCUGGGACUACGCAGUUCAGUUCAACCUUAUCCACACUGCAGCAAUGAUGGCUAUCUUUGCCGUUUGCAAGUCAGUUCAUCCGGAAGGCAGCGCCGCUAAGUGGCUCAACCGCAGUUUCGUGUUAUUGUUCGCUGGAACAACGAUCUUUUGCGGUACCGUCUAUGCCAUCUGCUUGGGAGUCCCUGGAAAACAAGUGGGUCCUCUGGCUCCUGUCGGCGCCAUCACAAUGAUGUUGGGGUGGGUGUCUGUUGCAAUUGCAGGUUUCUAA